CUCUAAAUGACAGACGUGAUUUCGUUUAGAAACAGAAAAACGCCUUAAUUACGAGCAAUUUCAUUUCGACGUUUGUUCGGAGUUUUAUGUGUUGUGAUCGAAAAUAAAUAAAUAAAUCGAAUAUUCCGGGACAUUCGUACUUUCUGACUCAGAUUAAGUAUCCUGCAGUAUCUCUACCUUUCGUCUGUGCAGAGAUGUCUCCAGCCUAAAAUUCCAGUUCAAUUCCCCUCAAAGGUGUAAAUCGGUCCCCGUACCGAUGUGUUAGUGCAACAGGAAAGCAACACAAGCCGCCAUGUCGUCGGUGAAGGUGGCGGUGCGCGUGCGCCCUUUCAACUCGCGCGAGAUCGCCAGGGACUGCAAAUGCAUCAUAGAAAUGUCGGGCAACACUACAGUAAUAGUGAAUCCGAAAGCACCCCCUGGGAACAAAGAUGCUGCCAAAAGCUUCAACUUCGAUUUCUCAUACUGGUCUCACAAUCCCAGCGAUCCCGAAUUCUCGUCUCAAGUCAUGGUGUACAAAGACAUCGGAGAAGAGAUGCUUCAACAUGCUUUUGACGGCUACAACAUAUGCAUAUUCGCCUACGGUCAGACGGGUGCGGGCAAAUCGUAUACAAUGAUGGGCCGUGACGAAGAUCAGGGCAUCAUCCCAAACAUCUGCAAGGACUUAUUCCGUCGCAUCAGGCAGACCACUUCUGAUGACCUCAAGUACUCGGUGGAAGUCUCCUACAUGGAGAUAUACUGCGAGCGAGUCCGCGACCUGCUGAACCCUAAGAACAAGGGCAACCUUCGCGUCCGCGAGCACCCGGCUCUUGGACCCUACGUCGAGGACCUCAGCAAACUGGCCGUCACAUCUUACCAGGACAUUUACGACCUUAUCGACGAGGGCAAUAAGGCCAGGACGGUGGCUGCGACGAACAUGAACGAAACGUCAUCUCGCUCGCACGCCGUAUUCACCAUCUUUUUCACGCAACAGAGGCACGACCAGACCACGGAUCUCAUGUCUGAGAAGGUGUCGAAGAUCUCCCUAGUGGACUUGGCGGGCUCCGAGCGAGCCGACUCAACAGGCGCCAAGGGCACCCGGCUGAAGGAAGGCGCGAACAUCAACAAAUCCCUCACAACGUUGGGGAAAGUCAUCUCCGCGCUUGCCGAAAUCGCAUCAAAAAGCAAGAAAUCAAAGAAGGCAGACUUUAUACCAUACCGUGACUCUGUGCUCACCUGGCUUCUCCGAGAGAACCUGGGAGGGAACUCCAAGACCGCCAUGAUAGCUGCUAUAUCGCCGGCCGAUAUCAACUACGACGAGACACUCAGCACAUUGAGAUACGCCGACCGCGCCAAACAGAUCGUUUGCAAGGCGGUCGUCAACGAAGACGCCAAUGCCAAGCUCAUCCGCGAGCUCAAAGAGGAGAUCCUCAAACUGCGCGAACUCCUCAAGGCCGAGGGCAUCGAGGUCGAGGAAGGACCAGAUGGUAGAGUCGUUUAUGAAAAGAAAGAUCCGCCUACCACCGAAGAGAACGCGUCUCCACAACGCAAGAAGAGCGAGGCCGAAGUGCUGUCUCCGAAGCUUUCCCGAGCGGCUACGACCAUUGCCGAAGAAGCUGUGGAUCAGUUGCAGGCCUCUGAGAAGCUUAUCGCUGAACUGAACGAGACCUGGGAAGAGAAACUCAAGCGCACCGAGCAAAUCCGCGUGCAACGCGAGGCCGUGUUCGCCGAGAUGGGCGUCGCGGUGAAGGAGGGCAUCACAGUCGGAGUUUACUCGCCGAAGAAGACUCCUCAUUUGGUCAAUCUGAACGAAGACCCGAAUCUUUCGGAAUGCCUCAUCUAUUACAUUAAAGAUGGUGUGACAAGGCUUGGAACUUCAGAGGCCAACGUCCCUCAAGACAUCCAAUUGUGCGGCUCUCAUAUCCUCAGCGAACACUGCAUCUUCGAGAACACUGACGGCGUCAUCUGCCUCAUACCGCAUCGCGAGGCCCUCAUCUACGUUAACGGACGUGAGGUCACAGAACCAAUAAUCCUGAAAACGGGCUCCCGUGUGAUCCUGGGCAAGAACCACGUGUUCCGCUUCACGCACCCCGGCCAGCCGCACGAGGACAAGGAGGCCGUCAUCAACAAGGAGAUGACCACCGCCGACCCUGCUGGCAAUGACGCCGAAAACGUAGACUGGGACUUCGCGCAAUGCGAGCUUCUUGAGAAACAAGGCAUCGACCUGAAGGCGGAGAUGCAGAAACGGCUCGUGGCCUUGGAAGAGCAGUUCCGGAGGGAGAAAGAGCAUGCUGACCAGCAGUUUGAGGAACAGAGAAAGAACUACGAAGCCCGCAUAGACGCGUUGCAACGCCAAGUGGAGGAGCAGAGCGUGACCAUGUCCAUGUACAGCUCGUACACCCCCGAGGACUUCCACAACGACGAGGAUAUAUUUGUGAAUCCCCUGUUUGAGACAGAGUGUUGGUCGGCGCGCGAGGUGGGGCUGGCCGCGUGGGCGUUCCGCAAGUGGAAGUACCACCAGUUCACCUCGCUCCGGGACGACCUCUGGGGGAACGCUAUAUUCCUGAAGGAAGCCAACGCGAUCUCCGUCGAGCUCCGCAAGAAGGUCCAAUUCCAGUUCACGCUGCUCACCGACACGCCGUACUCGCCGCUGCCCGCCGAGCUGGCGCCGCGCGACGACGCCGACGACGAGUACCGCCCCAGCGCGCCCACCGUCGUCGCCGUCGAGGUCACCGACACCAAGAACGGCGCCACGCAUUACUGGACGCUCGAGAAACUGCGCCACCGCCUGGAGCUAAUGCGCCAGAUAUACAACAUGAACGAGAGCUUGUGCGAGGAGGACGAGGCCCCGCCCCUGGUGCUGGCCCCGCCCCCCGCGCUCGCGCAGGCCCCGCCCACGCCCGACAUUCUGCAGUGUAUCUCGGCGGCGGCGCAGCAGACCAGACUGUCGCUAGCGAACCUGCUGCCCUCGAGACAAAGGCUGGAGCUGAUGCGUGAGAUGUACCACAACGAGGCGGAGUUGUCGCCGACCUCCCCCGACCACAACGUGGAAUCCGUCACCGGCGGGGACCCGUUUUACGACCGCUUCCCCUGGUUCCGCAUGGUCGGACGGAGCUUCGUGUACCUGUCAAACCUCCUGUACCCGGUUCCGCUCAUUCACAAGGUCGCCAUCGUGAACGAGAAAGGAGACGUGAAAGGCUACCUGCGGGUCGCCGUGCAGGCGGUCAUUGAUGCCGAGAAAAACAAUGCGGAGUUCGCGGCGGGCGUGAAGCAGUCAGCCAAGAUCUCAUUCGACGACGACGUCGUGCCCGCGCGCCGCAAGACGCUCGCCAGCGUCCUCGACAAGAACAACGCGCUCAACCUCGAGGAGCGCAUCGACCUCGCCGACUCCAAUAUUAAAAUAGAAGAGUUAGCCGGCGGCGAAUGCGACGCCGACAGCGGCCGCGGCGACAGCUCUCUCGCCUCAGAGCUGAAAGAGGAAGACCUGCCCGAACACCUGACCCUCGGCAAGGAGUUCACCUUCCGCGUCACCGUACUGCAAGCACACAGCGUGUCGACAGACUACGCCGACGUGUUCUGCCAGUUCAACUUCCUCCACCGUAACGAAGACGCAUUCUCGACAGAACCCGUUAAGAAUACUAUUAAAAACACACCGCUCGGAUUCUACCACGUACAAAACAUCACUGUACCAGUAACGAAGUCAUUCGUGGAGUAUAUUAAAACACAACCCAUUGUUUUUGAAGUAUUCGGACACUAUCAGCAACAUCCACUACAUAAGGACGCCAAACAAGACGGCCCAGUAGCGGGUCGAACGCCGCCACGCCGCAUGCUGCCGCCCUCCAUCCCGAUCUCUGCGCCCGUGCGGAGCCCCAAGUGGGGCGCGGCCAGCGUCGCCCCGCCCUGCUGCUCCUCCCACCUCCACUCCAAACAUGAUCUUCUCGUGUGGUUCGAGAUCUGUGAGCUGGCGCCUAAUGGGGAAUAUGUGCCUGCUGUCGUUGAGCACAGCGACGAGCUCCCAUGCCGAGGGCUGUUCCUGCUGCACCAGGGCAUCCAGCGCCGCAUCCGCAUCACCAUCCUACAUGAGCCCUCUUCGGAUUUACAAUGGAGCGACGUUCGCGAGCUCGUUGUCGGCCGCAUCCGCAACUCGCCCGAGGCCAACGAAGACACGGCGGACGGCGAGGAAGAUGGCGCGCUGUCGCUAGGACUCUUCCCCGGAGAGAGGCCCACGCUCGACGACCGGGCUGUAUUCAGAUUUGAAGCGGCGUGGGACAGCAGUCUCCACGGCUCGCCGCUACUGAACAGGGUUAGCGCCAACGGAGAAGUUGUCUACAUCACGCUAAGCGCAUACCUCGAGGUGGAGAACUGCGCCCGACCAGCGAUCAUCACCAAGGACCUGUCCCUCGUAGUGGUGGGUCGGGAGGCGCGCACGGGCCGCUCGCUGCGCCGCGCGCUGUUCGGCUCCAAGUGCGCGCGCGCCGACCGCCUCACCGGCGUGUACGAGCUCAGCCUGCACCGCGCACUGGAGCCAGGAGUCCAGCGACGACAAAGGCGCGUGUUAGACACGAGCGGCACAUACGUGCGAGGAGAGGAGAACCUACACGGCUGGCGUCCGCGCGGAGACUCGCUUAUAUUCGACCACCAGUGGGAGCUUGAGAAAAUGACCCGACUGGAGCAAGUAGGGCGCACGCGGCACUUCCUGGCGCUGCGUGAGCGGCUGCGACACGGACACGAGAACACUGUGGCGCCCAACGACUUCACCAAGACCGAGAAGGAGGUGUGCAACAUGGCGGCCAAGGCAGCCGCCGAGCAGCACGCGCGCGACGAGGCGCUGUACGAGCCGUGGGACAUGGCGCCGCAAGAGCGGGAGCUCGCCACCAAGUUCCUCAAACUCAUACAAGGACGAAUAGGAAUGAACAACAACCCCGAGGGCGCGCAGUCGCCCGCCACGCCCGUGGACGAGGGCCUGGCGCCCGACGUGUCCACGCCGUCGCUGCUGUCCUCCGUGCACAGCGCCAGCAGCUUCGAACUAUGCUCACCGGAGCGUGCGCUCCUAGAGAAAUCAAUGGCGGCGUGGGGCGGCGCUCAACUGAGCGCCGGCGGCGCGCUGUACGUGCCCGACUGCGAGGAGGUGCGCGUGUCCGCCGCCGUGGCGCGCCGCGGCCACCUCAACGUGCUGCAGCACGGCACGCACGGCUGGAAGAAGCGCUGGCUGGUGGUCCGCCGGCCCUACGUGUUCAUCUACCGCGACGAGCGCGACCCCAUCGAGCGCGCCGUCAUCAACCUCGCCAACGCCCACGUAGAAUACUCCGAAGAUCAGGAGCAGAUGGUGCGGAUGCCCAACACUUUCAGCGUUGUGAGCAAGGAGCGCGGCUACCUGCUGCAGACGCUGGGCGACAAGGAAGUUCACGACUGGCUGUACGCCAUCAACCCGCUGCUCGCCGGACAGAUCAGGUCGCGCUCGGCGCGGCGCGGCGACAAGGCGGCCGCGCCCGCGCCCGCAUGAGACCUCACCAUGGAGUCUAUCCUCGUUUAUUAAGCGCAUCGCCGCCAGCCAGCGUACUGACGUGCAUCCUUGCCAUUGAAACUGCUAGGGCUUGUUCAUUCUGUUUCUGAGAGUCGGUUCGCGCGAGACAAAGCCGGAUAAGGAUAUUGCGAGUUGUAUUUGACGCUUCGCGCGAUUCGAGUACCUGGGGGAGUCGUAAGUGAAAGGUGUCAUUGAGAGAUUUCAGUAGAUACUUUCCUGUUAAAGGUUUACCGAUCUCUUCAUAAGUUUUAGCUGUCGUUAGCGAAACUCGCGAUUUGUCUGUGGGUAUUAAAAUAAAGAUGGAAACCUGAUUUUAGACUCUUUAGUAAGCCUUAUAGACAAUUUUAUCGAAAUCAUGAAAUUAAAACCAUCAAGGUAUAAUACAAUCGUCUUUAGCUACUAUUUGCGGUUGUUGUAAAAAAAAUUUUUUUUCUCUUUAAUAAACUUUUGAACUCUGUCAAUUGAACUAUAACAUAGUCCGAGAAUUGAUUUUGAGGAUUUUAAGUUUGAAAAGGAUCAAUACUGUCUUCCUCAUAUGAUAAUACAUGAUAGAAACUGAUUAACUAGUCAAACCAGAUUGACAUCCGAAAAAGGUUUGUUACAUACAAAUUUGGCUGGUUUGGUAGCGGGUCAUGGAUAUUACAUAUAUUUGACUUUCAAUCCAUAAGGCCUAAAUAUGAAGAAAAUUGAGAAGGGGCAAGAAGAGUGGUCCACGGAUUUAUCUUAUUUGAGAUUUCAAUACAUUACUUUCACAGAAUUUUGGGACCACAAAAAUGAAUUAUAAUUUUAAACUAUAGUAAGUCCAGACGCGAUCAAUUAUUUUAGCAUAUCCUCAAUUUAUUAACAGUAUUAUAAAACAAAUGCAUUUAAUGCUAUAUACGAUUUAUACGUAAUAGUCAUAUACGUUUAUAUAUGUUGAUUAGUACGUUACAAGCAGAUUAUGAGUGUUGUCAGAGGCGGGACCAAGCCGGCACUAGGAGAAGGGUAACAUGAAAAUGACGAAUUUUAACAAGCAGGAACAAUAAUUGUACAAGUCUCUUUUGAGCUGUUUCAAAUAUGCAAAAGGAUGCACGUUUUAUUAUAUUACGUUAUUUAUUAUACGUUAGUCUUUGUGAGUUCGGAGAACUGUGUAAUGCAAUAAUGUAUUCCAAGUAUUUCUAUCUCGGCCAUAGUGAAUGUUUACUAGAUAUUGUUAAUGAGAGUAUGAAUGUGGUCAGUAUCUACGGCAACAAACUUAACAAUUAUAAGCUUUAUGGCAAUACGAACAAGGUUUACUGGUUUGGAUAAGUGUGUUUCCGUAAUACUUAAUUGGGCGCUUACAUCUUAGCUCUAUCGCUAAGAUAUUUAUCGAUAUCAUAUGCUACAACAGAUCACUUCACGAGUACUUAGUUCGUGGUAAAUUAUAUACAAAUACCACCAGCAAUACUAGUUUUUUUACUGUUAUUACAUUAUUAAACAUUUGUUGUCUUUGUAGUCGAAGAACGCCGAUGCUAUCGUAAUAUGCAACUGUAGCACAGUUUCGCAAUAUUUUUCUCUAAAUGGUUUGUAAUUUAAAGAGCAAAGUCACAAGUAGCUGAACACGUCCUGUCGUGUUCAGUUAUUUUAGACUGUUUUCUUCUGCGACGUGCAAACUUUGCCGCAUUUACUUAUAUAGCAUCGACUAUUUAUUUCUUCCGAGUAUAAGCUAUUUGAAUUGCGCACAAACGUACGCCGGCGAUGUCUGAUAGACUCCAUUUUGUAACACGGCGAGAUAUAAGAAUUUAAAUGAAUGUAUUGUGAAAAGACAAAUUACUGAAAAUACCUAUAGAUUUUCUUCAAAUGUUGGAUACAUUAUUAAUGUAAUUAACCUUGUAUAUACGUAUGACCCGAACGGUAGAGUAAAUAUAUUUUGAGGCUCAAAUAGCCAAUUCGAAGUGGCGGUGUCCGUAUGACGUCAUACGUAACGUUUCGUUUCACGUUUAGAAUUGAUUGUAAAUACAUAAUAAUAAUUAUAACAUUGUAGUUAAAUGUAGAAUACGCGUUCCAAGAAAUUAUACAUCAUUUAACACUACUUAUUUGGUAGAUUGUUUAUUUGUAUUUUAUGUUAUACCUUGAAUUUUGUUAGGUUCCUAUAGUGGUAUAGGUAUGUUCGAAUGGAUUGUAUAAAGUAGGCUAAUGUUUACGACAGGAGAUGUCGCCGCCCUGGCGCGCGUCACAACCAUUCCGACCGGUUCUAGUCAUCGUGCUCUCUGUGUAGUAUUGUAUGUGAUAGAGUAGCUACAUAGCGACACCGUGCUACCCUCCAGCCCUGUAACUGAUCUGUCAAUUCUUUGUGCCGUGAUAGCUGAUUUUUAUGUCAGAUUUUCCAUACAAUCUUGAUUUAUUCAGAUAAAUCUUCACGGCCCCGAGAAUUGUCUUGAAAGAUUCAAUUAAAACAUUAUAUGUGUCAGUCACAAUGUUAGAUAGUAAGUAAAAGUUGUUCUGUUUCAUGAAUGUCGUACACUCAGCGUGAUACAUAUAUACACGUCACUCGACCGCUCCAUAGUUCACACUAAUAUUUAUACAGGAAACAUAGCGUAGUUAGUAUCGAUGUGACGGUAGUUUUAUAUGGAUGAUAUUUCUUUGAAUAACUUAUUUCGAUGUACCUAUCAGUCCGAGCAAUGCUUACUCUCGUUACUGCUUCGAUAAAUGUUGAUAUAUCUAAUAUUGUCACUAUACUAUCGCUUCUAGGUGACUGUUUUAUAUUUUCAUUAACUCCAUCUUGGCAAAGUAAGCUUUUGUGACGUUUAGUCGUUGUAAAUAUUUCCUAGUUGAUUUGAUCUGCCUGAGUUACGAGCCCCGGCUUGUAGCGGCUCGGCUGACCCUAGAGAAUAUCCUGAUAAUAAUUUAGCAUAGACUAUUAUAGGUUAAGAUCAAAAAAGUAUUAUCCAAGUCUAUACAUGCGGUGUGUUAUAUUUCUUAAAAUUAAAAUUAUUACCAUUAUUUCCGUCGAGAUUAUCUUACGUGAAUCUGGGAGUUUUGUUCGAAUGACAUCAGGAUAUCUGUUGUUUUAUCUAUUUGACUAUGUGCUUACCACAGAUAAAGAUAUAUAUUAUAGGCAGCGAGUUUAAUUGGUAUGUAUCAUAUGUAUGUUGUUUAUUUUCUCGACACCUCAACGAAGAGAGAUCUCGCGUCACGCGACGCUAUAUUAUCGUUUACAUACCUUUUCUUUCUAGUCAUAUUUGUAUAACAUUCCAAAGUUUGUAACUGUUUACUUUCUCAAAUAACUAGUGAUGUAUUUUGCAUAGCAAAAUGAUGUUAACGUAGAGACAUAGAGCAGGAUAAAUCACGGGUGUGUCGUGUUGUGGGUGCAACUGUUUAUGAAGUAUUUUUUUGGAAAUUUUGUUUGCGAAGCUUACGUUAAGUUAUUUCGUUAUAUUUUGUAAUUCGAAUAAAGGUCUUUUUAAAUUAGAGAUAACAGCUGACGCUGGAUUAUAUAUAUUUUUAUAGAGUAUACUCUUUAAGCUAUACUGCUAUUUUUAUAGGGUAGUGUUGUUUGGUUCGUUGCGUUCGUUCAGUUGGUCCGUUCGGUUGAGGCGCUGCUCUGAUCAAGGGCGCCCGAGUGAUUACGAUAGUGAUUGUUGAUUGUUGGCCGAGAAUGAUAUUGAAAAUUAUAUAUUAUAUAUAAUUUAUAAAUUUCAUUCAAUUUAUGAAAAUAAGAACAAUGUAAUGAUUGGUAAUAUUACUCAUUGCUCUAAAUGUACUAUCAAAAUAUAUUAUACACAGUGUUAAAGGUCAUAAAUAAAAUGCUUUGAAAAUUUCCAAA